AUGACUAGGCACCCACAUGAAGCUGACAGUUCUACCGCUUUCCUUCAUAAUAUCAGUUCUGAGAAGAGUUAUCUUCAUAGAUAUUCGAAUAUCAUUUUCAUUUUAUUUGUUCAAGAAUGUGAACAAUUCUACCCAAAACCAAAAUAUCCGAUAUAUAUAACUGGAGGCCUGAAAUCACUGGCGAGGGAAUUCCCGCAUAUGGCAAUCUUAGGCUCAGGCGAAGAAACCAACAAACAGUGGCAUUGCGGAGGAUCAUUAAUUAGCAAACGUUUCGUCCUUACAGCAGCACAUUGUUUAGACUCUCCAAAACUAGGACUUGUUAGAUGGGUACGAUUAGGUGAUUUGGAUUUAUCUACCGACACUGAUGAUGCUGAUCCUCAGGAUUUCUCUGUUUACAGAAGAAUUUAUAACCCCAACUAUAAGCCUCCUUCAAGGUAUAACGAUAUAGCUCUUUUACAGCUUGAUCGGCAAGUGGCUUUAUCUGCUUACGUUUCUCCAGCUUGUCUACACGUCAAGAAAGAAGUAAAUACCACAUCCUUGACUGCCAGUGGCUGGGGUAAAAAAGAAUACCUUGGAGACUUCAGCAACCACUUAUUGAAAAUAAAUUUGUUUCAUGUUGAUAAUAUUGACUGUCGAAACUAUUACCCAAAUGUAUCUAGAAGAUUAUUAUCCAAUGGAAUUCUUGAGCAAUUGCAAGUUUGUGCAAGAGGAGGCAUAGGUCGAGAUACUUGUCAGGGAGAUUCUGGUUGUCCUCUUCAAGUAAAAAAUAAGGAGAGAUCUUAUACAGUAAAUGUUAAUGAUUUGAUUGGUAUAACAUCUUUCGGGAAGCCGUGUGGUCUUUCUUCUUCCCCAGGAGUAUAUACUAGAGUAUCUCAUUAUGUGUCCUGGAUUGAAAGUAUAAUAUGGCCUAAUGAAACGUGGGACAAUUAUCAACAAGAAAAUCUGUUUCAUCCAAUCUGA